UGAUGCAACACAAUACGGUGGGCUUUCCCUAAAAACACACACAACACCACCACCACAGCAUAGGGAUGCGCUCCUCCAUCAGUGUCGUGAUAGUUAGCAUGUUGCUUCUUCUGAUGUUCUCGGCCACUAUGCUGCGGGCAUGGGCCGCUAUCCAUGGAGUCGCCGGAGGGGGUGGUGGGCUCUUGCAUAUCCCUUCCGCUGCCUCCCUGGCUCACUGCCCCUCCCAGUGCGGGAACUUCAACAUCUCCUACCCCUUUGGGAUAGGGCCCGACUGCUUCCGGCAGGGCUUUGAGCUCACCUGUGACACCACCACCCGUCCUCCCACUUUGUUCUUGGGAAACAGUACUACUCAGAUCACUUACAUCGGCGACUACAUAACUGUUGCUUCUGCUAUCGGAUUCAACAUCACCUUGAUCCCAGGGGUGCACACCUACAACAGGACAUGGGAGGCCCCUGUUAAGGGCGUCAUGCUCGAUGGAGACAUCAACAAUUUGUAUGUUGUGGGCUGCGAUGUUGACCUCUACUUGCUUAGCCAUAAUACCGCCGAUCUCAUUGGUGCUUGCACAAGUUCUUGCGCAGACUACAGACAGACCAUGGAGAAUACAAAUGCGGAGGGCUGUCAAGGGAAUAAUGGCUGCUGCCUUAUCUCGUUGCAACGAGACCUACAAGCCGUCUGGCUCAAACUUGUUCGCCAUGACGGGGCAGUAGCAGAACCAGAUGAAGUGCUCCCUAAUGUCAAGGUUAUCAUAUCACAGGAUUAUGAUUUCCAUACAAAUGAUCUUUACUCGAGUUGGGUAAAUUCAAGUAAUCUGCAAGGUGUGUGGCUUCGGACUCCCAUCAUGAUGGACCAACCGAGCUGUGAAAGUGCCCAAAUGAAUAAGGACAAUUAUGCUUGCAGUGAUGAAAGCAUUUGCAUAAACCUAUGGUCCGGGCAAGGCUACUGUUGCUCAUGCGACAGCCGCAUGAAUGGCAAUCCUUACAUUCAGGACGGAUGCAUAGUUUACAAUCCAAAUCCCAAAGAAAACUGUACAAGAUCAUGUGGAAAUACGGCAAUUCCAUUCCCUUUCGGGAUUGAGGAUGAGUGUUUCUCAAACAAGAACUUUCAGCUGAAAUGCAUGCCAAACAAUGUCACUGUUCUCGACCGUGGGUACGCACGAUAUCGUGUUACCAACGUGUCACUUGAUGAUGGGUCUAUGCAUGCUAGCACCAUGUUGAAUGAUACAAGCUCCGACGAAGACGUGGCAGUAGUAGUGUUUGAGCCUCAUUAUAAUAGUUUUACAAUAAGUGAUCUCUCUGAGGAUCCUUUUGUUUUCUCCCAAGAAGAUGGCAUUAUAAUAAGAUGGGUCAUUGCCAACUUAACCUGUCAAAGAGCUAAAUUGAUGGAGGCUACAUACGCGUGCCUCAGUGAGCACAGUGACUGCCACGACGUCACAAAUUGGAAAACAAAUCUAGGAUAUCGCUGUAAGUGUUCCAAGGGCUUCCAAGGAAACCCAUACCUCCAUAAUAACUGCACAGACAUCGAUGAGUGCUCCCUCUCAAAUUCAUGCAAUGGGAUAUGUACGAAUUUUGAUGGAGGCUUUAACUGCACAAACUGUUCACAUGGAAAAGUGUAUGAUCAAGCAAAACGGAAAUGUGUCAUGUCAGCUAAGCAACACAAUUUGAUUCUAGGUAUUGCGAUCGGAGUUUCUUGUGGCCUUGGCACCAUUAUUCUUGCACUAGCUAGUAUGGUAAUCACCCGUAAGUGGAAGACAGGUAUCCAGAGGAGAAUACGAAGAACACACUUCAAGAAAAAUCAAGGCUUACUCUUGGAACAACUAAUCUCAGAUGAAACUGCCGCAAACAAAACAAAGAUAUUCUCCUUGGAGGAAUUAGAGGCGGCAUCAAACAACUUCGAUACUACUCGUGUUGUUGGUCAUGGAGGACAUGGAACAGUUUAUAAAGGUAUCCUAUCUGACCAGCGUGUGGUGGCCAUAAAGAAGUCCAAAAUCGUGGAGCAAAUUGAAAUAGAUCAGUUUAUCAAUGAGGUUGUUAUUUUGUCACAAAUCAUCCAUCGCAAUGUUGUGAAACUUUUUGGUUGUUGCCUAGAAGAUGAGGUGCCCUUGCUAGUCUAUGAGUUCAUAUCAAAUGGAACUCUAUAUGACCUUCUUCACACAGAUAUUACAAUAAAAUGCUUGCUAUCAUGGGAUGAUCGCAUUAGGAUUGCAAUGGAAGCAGCAGGGGCACUUGCUUAUCUACACUCAGCAGCUUCUAUACCAAUUUACCACAGAGACGUGAAGUCUUCCAACAUACUUUUGGAUGGCAAUUUCACCGCAAAGGUUUCUGAUUUUGGUGCUUCAAGAUCCCUUUCACUCAAUGAGACUCAUGUGGUGACAAUUGUCCAAGGAACAUUUGGUUACUUGGAUCCAGAGUAUUAUCAUACUGGCCAGCUAACUGAAAAGAGUGAUGUAUAUAGUUUGGGAGUAAUACUUGUGGAACUUUUAACAAGAAAGAAACCCAUUUUUCUCAAUGAUUUAGGUGCAAAACAAAGCUUGUCUCAUUACUUUGUUGAAGAACUUCAAGAUGGAGCUCUUAUGGGGAUAAUCGAUUCACAAGUUGUGGAAGAGGCAGAUCAACAAGAGAUUCAUGAUAUUGCCGCACUUAUAGAAGAAUGCUUGAGGGUCAAAGGAGGAGAUAGACCAAGUAUGAAAGAAGUAGAGAUGAGGUUGCAAAUGUUGAGGACUGAGAGGCUUAGGAAAACACAGCAUUUACCUAGAAAUGAUGGACAGAUUGAGCCUUUGUUAUGGCCACAAGCCAGGAACCCACAUGAGCAGAUCAAUCUUGCCAAUGAUGUAAAUUUAACACCUCAAGGGAUCUCUGAGUGCUACACUCUAGAACAAGAAUUUGCAUCCUCACUUAGUUUGCCGCCAUGCUAACUAUAUAUGUUCAAUACAACCGAGGGCUUGCUAGCUUGCAUCUGAGUUAACAUAUAUUUUCAUCAAGAAUUAUGCUAUAUGUAGUUCCUGUUAGAUGAAAGAGCAUGUCACAGGAGAAUUAUCUAUGUAUGGUAGAAUAUAUCACUUCUAUACUUUUAUUAUCUUUGAUGUAUGGUAGAAUAUGCUACUUGUAUUACUUUUUUUAUCACUUGCAGAAUUAUC